UAGUACGUGUGAUUGUAAAAGAUUAUAAAAAAUGAGAUUGAUAAGUAAAUAUAUCAGAUCUUUCUUGGCUCCUAAUUGGAAUGGAGAAACUUGUAAAAUGGUGAUAGUGGUUCGAUCGGAUUUACCUAUAGGAAAAGGUAAAAUUGCUGCUCAGUGUGCUCAUGCUGCUGUAGAAUGCUGCCGUCAGACCUUCAAUAAUGAAAAGAAACAUUUAAUGUUUGAAACUUGGUUACAAAAUGGGCAGCCUAAAAUUGUUGUUAAAAUACCUAACGAAGAGGAGCUGUUGGUCUUAGAGGACAAAGCUCAACGCGCUGGCUUAAUUACUGCCAUAAUAAAAGAUGCUGGUCUGACUCAGCUGAAGCGUGGUACAGUCACAGUUGUUGGUAUAGGACCUGGAUCCAAUGAAGUUAUCGACGGUCUUACAUCAAAAUUAAGAUUAUUAUAAUUUUAUGUGUUAUAAUUUGAUAACCUUUAAAAUGGCAGAAGACAAACUUUUUACAACAGAGUACAUUGUUUGAUCUGAACAAUUCUAUAACAAUUUUGUUUAAGAAUGUUAAUGUGAAAAGAAUAGAAUUUUCUACUAAAAUUUUUAGAAAAAAUCUACCUCUGUACAAAAAAAUUAAAAAUAUUUAAAUUAUUGAAAUAUUUGUACGUUAUACUUAUGUACUUUGUUGAACCAUGUUGAAUAUAAUAAGUUCCUUAUAAUGUAACUCAAUAAUGUAUAUAAAGAAAAAUAAAAAUAUAUAAUAAA